CAAGGUAAAGGCUCUGAGUUCAAACCCCAGUACCAGGGGGAAGGGGGGGUGAAAUCUUUACUAAGUUCUUGUUAAUGUUUUAUCUGACUUUUGUUUUUUAGGAACUGAAGAGAUUUGAGAACUUUGUAAAAUCCUGUCCUCCUUUUGAUAUUGUUAUUGAUGGCCUCAAUGUUGCCAAAAUGUUUCCUAAAGCUCGUGAAUCUCAAGUUCUCUUGGAUGUAGUUUCUCAACUAGCCAAGCAGAAUCUGCAACUGCUGGUCCUGGGCCGAAAGCACAUGCUAACACAGCGUUCCCGGUGGAGAAAGGAUGAGAUGGAAAAGGUGCAAAAGCAAGCCAGCUGUUUUUUUGCUGAUGAUAUCUCAGAGGAUGAUCCAUUCCUUCUGUAUGCCACACUGAACUCAGGGAAUCACUGCAAGUUUAUCACAAAAGACCUGAUGCGGGACCACAAGGCCUGUUUACCUGAUGCCAAGACCCAACGCCUGUUCUUUAAGUGGCAGCAGGGACAUCAGCUGGCGAUUAUGAGUAGGUCUCCAGGACUAACCUUUGAGCGUAUUCUUAGACAUGACACCGUGGUGCAAACAACAGGAGACUCAUGGCACGUACCUUAUGAUGAAGACCGGGUGGAAAGAUAUUCCUAUGAAGUGCCAACCAAAUGGCUUUGCCUCCACCGAAAGACAUAAGAACUCUUUCUCCCAUGCUAAAUAUGUAUUUGUGUGCCUUCCUGGUUGGUAUUACAGCUCUUAAGUUGAUGCUUGUGUAGGGCACUGCCUCUGUCCUAAAGGCACACAGGUUUUAUUAAAACACUGUUUGGUCCAGGUGGCUUAUCUAUCAACAAAUUGAUUUUUAAUUAAAUGAGAUAUAUCUUUUCAUAAGGAGCUGCAUUUUCCUCCUAACAUUUGCUCUUGGAAACUUAUUUAGAACUGGGGACUUGGUGAAAAGUAAUGCCUACAUCUCCUAUUGGGCCAAGCUAGUCCACUUAGCUUGGAUAACAGAUAAUGCUGCUGGAAUCUAUUUUGCUGUUCUGAUUGAUUCUUCUUCAUUUUAUACCCAACAACUGAUUCUUCUUCAUUUUAUAACUCAAGUUGUAAACUGUUUCCAAAGUAGUUCACCAUUUUAUUAGCCUUUUUUAAAAAGACAGGGUUACCAGGCACCAGUGGCUCAUGCCUGAAAUCCUAGCUACUCAGGAGGCAGACAUCAAGAGGAUCAU